CGCGGGUAGAGCGCCUCUCCAGUGCCUCUAGUCCCCCAGCCCGGUUCUUCCUAUUUCCAGUUGCGACUUCUGUCUUAAAGUGGACAUCUCUCUUCAAAAGUGGCGUCGUGGGGCCUUCGCUCCUCACCUGGGGUCAACGCGCAAGGACGAGCGUGGGCGGAAGUAUUUUAUAGCCGACAACCGGAGCCUGUGCUCGCCUGUCGGGGUCGCACUGGCAUUUCUGACCCCUUAGAGCCGGAUGAUUUGAACCCUAUUCCCUGAUUCUCAGCCUACAUUUCUGCAGCUCCAGGGGAAGGGACAGAGCUCCUUUGCUCACACCUCACUCUGUAGUCACACUCUGAACAGUGAGGUAGCUCUUGACAGGCCCCCCCCCAGCCACACCGUAUUGCCACCCAAGUGUCAACUUUGUUCCUAACCUCCCUAGUUUAACUUCCCUCCUCCGUGUCCAGGAAAGGUUCCCCCUCAAUUCCCACCCCCACCCCCGCCUUCCCGUAAAGCUCUUGAGAAUUUCAGGUGUCGUGCAGAAAGAUUUUAAGUCUGAGCACUUUGGUACUCAAGAAAGGUUCAUGUUUACUCGAGACUUAGUGGGCAAAGUGAAACCUAGUGCACACAGGAAACUAUGGCUGAACAUGGGGCUCACAUCACAACUGCUUCUGUGGUGGAUGACCAGCCAUCCAUCUUUGAGGUGGUAGCACAGGACAGUUUAAUGACAGCAGUGAGACCUGCUCUUCAACAUGUGGUCAAGGUUCUUACAGAAUCAAAUCCUGCCCAUUUUGGCUUCCUUUGGAGGUGGUUUGAUGAAAUCUUUGCCCUACUGGAUCUUCUGCUUCAGCAGCAUUAUCUAUCUAAAACCAGUGCCUCAUUUUCUGAAAACUUUUAUAGCUUAAAGCGGAUUGUAAUGGGAGACAAACAUAGGCAUCAGAGAUUGGCCAGUGCUGGCCUGCCAAAGAAGCAGCUUUGGAAAUCAAUUAUCUUCCUGGUUCUUCUUCCUUACCUGAAAGUGAAGCUGGAGAAGUUCGUUUCUAGCUUGAGAGAUGAGGAUGAAUAUUCAAUCCAUCCCCCUUCAUCCCGCUGGAAACAGUUUUAUAGAGCCUUCUUGGCAGCCUAUCCAUUUGUUAACAUGGCCUGGGAAGGCUGGUUCCUUGUACAGCAACUUCAGUACAUCUUAGGAAAGGCCCAACAUCACUCACCGCUGCUGAGUCUGGCAGGAGUUCGGCUAGGUCGGCUUACCGUUCAAGAUAUACAAGCUCUGGAGCACAAAAUAAAUGAAGUCAACAUGUUGCAGCAACCAGCUAAGAGUGUUAGUGAGAAGAUAAUGUCAGGUCUGAAGAAAGCUGUUGGGGGUAUUGCCUUAUCCCUGUCUACUGGUCUUUCUGUGGGCGUAUUCUUCUUGCAGUUCCUCGAGUGGUGGUACUCAUCUGAAAAUCAAGAAACCAUCAAAUCAUUGACUGCCCUGCCUACUCCACCACCACCUGUACACCUAGACUACAAUUCUGACUCCCCCUUGCUACCCAAAAUGAAGACUGUGUGCCCACUGUGUCGUAAAACCCGGGUGAACGAUACUGUUCUUGCCACCUCUGGCUAUGUGUUUUGUUAUCGCUGUGUAUUUAAUUAUGUGAGGAGUCACCAAGCCUGUCCUAUCACAGGUUAUCCAACAGAAGUACAACACCUAAUUAAGCUGUAUUCCCCUGAGAACUGAAAGAACUUGUCUCAAAAUAAAAUGACUGCAUUGUAAAGUCAUAGGGCUGUUCUCCAGCAUGAUACAUCAUGGUUUGAUACUUCUCAGCCUCAAUUUGUAAUUAUGUGAACUUUAAACAAUUAUAUGUAUUUCCUUAAAAAGAUACUCACUGACCUUACUCUUUUCACCCUGAUAUUUAGAUGUCCUCCUUGCAGCUGAGUAAUAAUCAGUAUAGCAGGGGAGAUGAGGGUCAGUGUACAGGAAGUAUAGAAGCAUUCCUAUCCUUUUAUCUUCAACAACCAGAGGUAUAGAAGCUCUCAGGGAAACAAAUUAGACCUCAUAAGGUGGGAGGUGAAGGGAAGGCAGGCUUUUCUUGAGAAAAGAAAGUAUCUGCUAUUGAAACAGAGGUCUACCAGUUUGCAAUGUGAAACAUGGACUUUCUUCUUAUGUUAACAUUCAGAAAUGCAUUUAAGGGGCCGGGUGGUGGCGCACCUGGUUGAGUGCACAUAUUACGAUGUGAGCCUCCAGUUCGAGCCCCCAGUCCCCACCUGCAGGAGAAAAGUUUUGCGAGUGAAAUAGUGCUGCAGGUGUCUCUCUGUCUCUUUCCCUCUCUUACCACCCUCUUGAUUUCUGGCUGUCUCUAUCCAAUAAAUAAAGAUAAUAAAAAUGUUGGGAGUCGGGCGGUAGCUCAGCGGGUUAAGCGCAAAGCUCAAGGACUGGGUUAAGGAUCCCGGUAUGAGCCUGGAUUCGAGCCCCCAGCUCCCCACCUGCAAGGGAGUUGCUUCAUAGGCGGUGAAGCAGGUCUUUUAUCUUUCUCUCUCCCCUCUGCCUUCCCCUCCUCUCUACAUUUCUUAGUCCUAUCUAACAACGGCGACAUGAAUAGCAACAAUAGUAACGACAGUAAAAAAAAAAGGGGGGGCAACAAAAGGGAAAAUAAAUGUUUAAAAAAAUUUUUUUAAAAAAGGGAGUUGGGGGGGUAGCGCAGCGGAUUAAGCACGCCACGCAAAGCGCAUGGACCAGCAGAAGGAUCCCAGUUGGAACCGCCGGCUCCCCAACUGCAGGGGAGAGUCGCUUCACAGGUGGUGAAACAGGUCUGCAGGUGUCUGUCUUUCUCUCCCCGUCUUCCCCUCCUCUCUCUAUUUCUCUCUGUCCUAUCCAACAACGACAGCAUCAAUAACAACAAUAAUAACUACAACAAUAAACAAGGGCAACAAAAGGGUAAAUAAAUAAAUAUAAAAUUUAAAAAAUACAUUUUAAAAAAGUUCCUUUCAUAUAUUAUGACCUGUUUACUAACAUCUUGCUACAGUUUUUCAACUUUUAAAAUUCCUUUAUGAAUCAUACAUUUUUUUUUCUUGGGAAACGGACUAAAGGAAAAUAGAAGUUGUUUAUGUAGAAUAACCUGAAGAAUUCAGUGUGAAAGCAAAACUAAUAAGCAAUGGAAAAAUAGAGUAAAAUACCUAUGUGUUAAGAAACAAUCAGUAAGCUCAUGCUGCUUGCUGUUAAGAGUUUGUUAAACUGGCAUGUUAUUCUGGCUAUUGAAGUUCCUGUGAAAUGCUUAAGUAAAUUUUAAGCAUAGAUUUUUGACAAUGAACUGUUCCAUGUUGUCAUUAUGUGGGACUUUAUUACUUGAGGUGUCUAAAAUAAAUUUCCCAUUCAGACUA